ACGCCGACACCCGCCAUUUGCCAUCGCCAUCACCGAACCAUCACUCAUCUGAUAGCGACGCAUCCGCGCAAAGCACCGCAGCCAUGGCCAACUACCUCGCCUCCAUCUUCGGAACCGAGCAAGACAAGGUCAAUUGCUCCUUCUACUACAAAAUCGGCGCGUGCCGCCACGGCGACCGCUGCUCGCGAAAACACGUCAAGCCGUCGUACUCGCAGACGAUUCUGCUGCCCAACCUGUACCAGAACCCGGCGUACGACCCCAAGAACAAGAUGAAUGCGCAGCAGAUGCAGAUGCACUUUGACGCCUUCUACGAGGACAUUUGGUGCGAGCUGUGCCAGUACGGCCUUGUCGAGGAGCUGGUAGUAUGCGACAACAACAACGACCAUCUCAUCGGCAACGUGUACGUGCGCUUCAAGUACGAAGAGGACGCGCAAAAAGCCUGCGAUGCACUCAAUAGUCGCUGGUACGCCGGCCGCCCCAUAUACUGCGAACUCUCGCCCGUGACGGAUUUCCGCGAGGCUUGCUGUCGCCUGAAUAGCGGCGAGGGCUGUGUGCGCGGCGGCUUCUGCAACUUCAUUCAUCGCAAGGAGCCCUCGCCUGAGCUUGACAGGGAACUCGACAUGUGCACGCGAAAGUGGCUUAAGGAGCGCGGCCGCGAUGCCCGUAGUAUGAGCAGGAGUCCCACACCGCCGGCUACCAAGAACAGGUUCUAAGUAGGGAAGGGAGAUAUGGGGGAAAACUUGCUUGCAUAUAUGCCCACGGUUUUAUGUUUAGUUCAGACUUGGAUGGUACAUUUACUAGGCGUUUUUUCUUUCUGGCGUUUUUUUUGGUUGUAGAGGGAAACCAUGCUGCCCUCCCCGUUGCAACUUUGUUUUUUUUCUCUCUCUCUCUCUCUUCUGAACACAUUAGUAUAGUGACGGUUUUGAUACCAUCAGCGGGCCAAGAAAAAUGCAACACUUAUGGGGGAUUUUCAAAUCAC